ACAAAAUUUGGCGUGCAGCCGUGUUUGCUUUUAGACGCUUUAGACAGAAAAAGAUUCAUUGGCCGAUUUUAUUUUAUUGAUCAGCGAAAAUUCUAUCUAUUCUAAAUAACAUGGACGAAGAACAGUCGUGGGUUAAGGAGUAUACUGAAGCUUCAGAUUCAGAAGGAGACGCAGGAGAAACAAAAAAUGGAAUUGAAGCCGGCGACAACAAUUCACCGGCAUUGGCAUGCAAUCCUUCAGUACCUGAAGAAAUGGAAGCUGACUUGGAGAAGAUUAAAGGGGAUAUGAUCGGUGACACCGUUUACACUGAGCGGUGGGUUUUGAAGUGUUUGAUGAAUAUAACGAAGAAAUUCCCGGAGUACUGCAAAGAAGACGAGGAGGUGAAAGAGCUUGAUUCUGCAUUUGAAGAAGAUGUUUGCACGAUUUGGGACAUGGCUAUAGACAAAGACGUGACCAAGUUUUUAAUGAAGCACAACAUCCUGAAUCUCAUAGAAGCCAUAAUUAGCGAAUGCAAAAAUCCUCGAUUGAUGGAAAUGAUGUUGGGGAUCAUUGGAAAUUUGGGCUGCCAAUCAGAAGCUCGAAGAGAAAUCGCAGCACAAAAGUCGCUCAUCGCCAUAUUAGCAGCAACUUUGGAGUAUACUGACGCCCGUUCAUUAAUUCAACUUGUAAGACUGAUCAAAACCUGCUUGUGGGAUUUACGAAACUUGGAAGCGGGCGAAAUUCCCAAAGAUAAUUUUUGGGUCGAAUCACUAGCUCAUCAGAGUUGCAGCGAUAGCUUGAUGUUCAUAAUUAAAAGCUCAUGUGAUGAGGACUUGGUGUUUGAUGCAAUCAAAUUAUUGGAGACGUUAGUAUUUAUCAGGCUACCAAAGGAAGGGGAAUUUUUAGGAAAAUACUUUGCAAAUGCUGAAGCUGUUGCGUCGCUUUUGGAAGGACUGCGAGAAGUCUCCUCAAGUUCGGAAAAAUCUGAUUUUGGCGUAAUCAACAGGAAUGUUGAGGAUGUGCUGAUAAAGUGGGUCUCGAUCCUGUAUGGCCUCACACUUUGCGCUAAUGGUGAAGCAGCAAUAAGGGCGCAUGCUGAAAGCAAUCUAGUUUUCGUCCAUCUAAUAACUACACAUGUCCUGGAAAAGGAGAACUUGAAAGAAUGCAUCGAUGAAUACUCUGACUUCAUCAUGUGCGUCACGACAGUCAUGAAUCUCCUUCUGCCUACUGAUUUCCACGAAGGAUGCCUCGCCAGUGCUGUAACCCUGCUGGAUAAGGUCCAAGGCGUCGAUCACCUGCGCGAAGGCUUGGAGAAGCUGAUGGUUUCUGUCGCAGCUGCCGAGGGUGUGCAGGCCAGCAUGCUAUCCACUUUGUCCCAGUGCCACGCGCCUGAGGUUGAGUUAUGUUUCCUAGCGAUCUCAAAGCAAGACAGAGCCCUGCUUACCCAGCUGCUGGCAGAGCUCAAGUGCAUCAACAAGACUGACAGACUAUGCGAGAUCGCAAAAAACAUUCUCAAAGGUUCGCAUUGAACAAACUUGCUGCUGAGAAAUUCCCAAAUGUGCCAUUGGUAAAUGAAACGUUUAGUUCUAUAACGUGUAUUAUAUAAUUUUUAUUCUUGUUUUAUUUAUCACAAAUUUUUGAGAUUUUCUCUACCUAGUACAUUCUUGUUCACCACAAUCAUAAACUCUCUAAGCUACUCUAAUCUACAAUAAAUACUUAAUGCUAGAAUUUAAGAGUAUUAGCAGGUACUGCAGGAUAGUUCAAGUUCGACUUAAACCUACGGGAAUGCGUUGUGGGAAUAAUAGUAUGGAUAGUGAGGAGCAUACUGGUCAGGAUAGGGAAUGUUGCUGUAGAGUCUGUGCU